GUGAAUUCAGUUGCUGAAUGAGCCCGGCCUGACUGCAAACAUUAACAUUGCUAGAGACAUGUUAAAGAGUUGCAGGUGAAUCUAACCUGAGCCAGACAACAGCAAAACGAUAUGUGUCACAAAGAUGUCUACACGGAAUUGCCAAGGAAUGGACUCAGUAAUCAAACCCCUGGACACAAUUCCUGAGGACAAAAAAGUCAGAGUUCAGAGAACACAGAGCAGUUUUGAUCCAUUUGAGAAACCAACUAAUCAAGUAAAGAGAGUUCAUUCAGAGAACAAUGCGUGUAUUAACUUCAAAACUACAUCAACAGGGAAAGAAUCUCCUAAAGUCAGACGGCAUUCUAGUCCCAGCUCUCCUACAAGUCCCAAGUUUGGAAAAGCAGACUCUUAUGAAAAACUGGAAAAACUAGGGGAAGGAUCAUAUGCCACAGUAUACAAAGGGAAAAGCAAGGUAAAUGGGAAAUUGUGGGCAUUGAAGGUGAUUAGAUUACAAGAAGAGGAAGGAACUCCAUUUACAGCUAUCAGGGAAGCUUCUCUUUUGAAAGGAUUGAAACAUGCAAACAUUGUGCUGCUUCAUGACAUCAUUCACACCAAGGAAACAUUGACACUUGUAUUUGAAUAUGUGCAUACUGAUUUAUGUCAGUACAUGGACAAACACCCUGGAGGACUUCAUCCAGACAAUGUGAAGUUAUUUUUAUUUCAGUUGCUGCGAGGACUGUCUUACACCCAUCAGCGUUACAUUUUGCACAGGGACCUGAAACCACAGAAUCUUCUGAUCAGUGACACAGGGGAGUUAAAGCUGGCAGACUUUGGUCUUGCAAGAGCCAAAUCAGUCCCCAGCCACACAUACUCUAAUGAAGUGGUUACCCUGUGGUACAGACCUCCAGAUGUCCUUUUGGGAUCAACAGAAUACUCCACUUGCCUCGACAUGUGGGGAGUUGGUUGUAUCUUUGUAGAAAUGAUCCAAGGAGUUGCUGCUUUUCCUGGAAUGAAAGACAUUCAAGACCAACUUGAAAGAAUAUUUCUGGUACUUGGAACACCAAAUGAAGACACUUGGCCAGGAGUCCAUUCUUUACCCCAUUUCAAACCAGAACGAUUUACCCAGUAUGGUCCUAAAAACCUUAGACAAGCAUGGAAUAAGCUAAGCUACAUGAAUCAUGCAGAAGAUCUGGCCUCCAAACUGCUCCAGUGUUUCCCAAAGAACAGAUUGUCAGCACAGGCAGCCCUGAGCCAUGAGUAUUUCAGUGAUCUGCCCCCACGGCUAUGGGAGCUAACAGAUAUGUCCUCUAUUUUUACUGUACCGAAUGUAAGAUUACAACCAGAGGCUGGAGAGAGCAUGAGAGUCUUUGGGAAAAACAAUAGUUAUGGCAAAAGUCUAUCAAACAGCAAGCACUGAAGAAUACUUAGAUUUACUACAGAGAGUGCAGGAUUAAGAUCACCAGUCUGAAGGAAGGGAACAACAUUUAAUGAGGAGACCAGUAAUAUGAAGGAACCAUGGCCCUGUUUCCUUUCUCUCCCUCUUUCUCUCUCUCUCUCUCUCUCUCUCUCUCUCUCUCUCUCUCUCUCUGGUGGAUUUCAUUCAAAAGAAAAUUGAAGCUGGCAAGAUACUGUUUUCCCCUGCAAUUAUUUAAAACCUUGCACGCAUUUGGAUACCUUGUGAUUUCGGAGAACUAUGUGAAGAUUAAGCUUUUGCUUACUGAUACACGGCAUGUACUCUUUUCAGUCUUUUGUGUUUGAUUUUGUUUGAUUUUCCACAGCAGUGUAACAUCUUUGUAAGGAUUUUUAUGCUUUCACCAGCAAUGUCUUAAAUACAGUAAGACAACACAUUUGGUGUUCACACUACUUCAGUAAUGUCUGUACAUAAAAAAAAUAGUGGCAUAAAAGAAUGUGUGUUUUCUUUGAGAAAUAUUUUGCAACCUACAGGAAGACUAUUUCUAGCUAGUGCAAGCCCAAUGUGAUGGAUUGAUUGACAAUUACAGUACUGUGCCACUACGCCUAAAAUGUCCUGUCCACCCCCCUUCUCCCGCCCUUCCAGAGCAUUCAGAUCCAUUUUUUAAACAUGGCAAUAAUUGCAUGUUUAUUUAGAAACUCAGAAUUUGGUUAAUCUGCUUAAACUAUGUAGCAUGUCAGUUUUCAAAAUAGGCCUGCAUUGAAAACAAACAUGCAUACACACAAAAAAAAUUACAAGACAUAUUCCAUAACAGAUACAGUGACACAUUUCUUAUCCUUUUAGUUCCAUUAAGAAUAUACAGUAUUCAUUAAUGUUUUGGGGCCUUGAUUACAUCUUUUACUUUUUCCACACUAUUUUUCUUCUGGAAUAUUUUCUGAAAUAGAUGACAAGGAGAGGAUGAAAGAGAACUGAGAUGACUUUAGGGCAACUUAGGACAACUACUUGGAUGUAGAAACAGUAUUUGCUGAAUGAGCCAUUAGAACUAGCUUUGUUUUCUGCUUCUUAAAAACACACUGAAAAGUCAUCCUAAUCCAAGACAUUUGCUGUUUCUCACCAAUGUACCUUUCCUUAGACAUUCUGCACUAGAAAACACUUAAUUGCUUUUUUCUUAAUGAAACAUUUAAAUGCACACUUUGCAAACAGUGCAGUACAUAAUUUUUAAAAAGGAUGGCCUGCUACCUCUGGCUGGAGGAGAAAGGCUAGGUGUGAGAGAAAUGUGUAGAGUAUGACGGCUCCAAUGUAGAAUGCAGAAAACUGAACACAGAUAUUGGGAAUGGAGCAAAUUCUACUGUUGAGUUACAAUAGUGCUUGAAAGGGAGUUUCAAGCCUUUUUAUUCAAAAUAUAAAGGUUUCUUUACUUCCUGAGUUCAUGUGCUGUCAUAAAAAUGCAUUGGUUUAGCAUUUAAUGUUUCAUUUGGAAGGAGGAAAGCGACUCUGAUUAAUACCCGUUAAUCACAUUCUAGCAGUGUUUCUGCUGGGAACUACUAAAGAACACCCAAUAAAGCAAAUCCUUGAUUGUUCAGAAGGUACCAGUAGGUACCAGGUAUGUCUUAUGAACCAGUAUAAAUAUUAUUCUGUACUUUCAAACACAGUUAAGGUGUGAAUAUAUACCCAAUAACUGCAUAGCCAUUAAAACUAUAUGUCCCCUGUGACAUCUUUGCAGUUCAGAAAUGGCAAGUGACUUAAAUCACACUCCGGUUUAAAACUUGCUACAAAUUUUCUCCCAUGUUUACAAGGGAAAGAAGAAAAAAUCCACUGAACUUCUGAAUUUACCACACACAGAAACUGUCUUAUUUAUAAUUUACUUUGAGUUUCAUGUUUCAUUUUUUUGUAAGAGGAAAAUCUUUUGUACAUUAUCUAUGCUACUUAAAUCAUAAGCCAUUCAAUAUUUAAAAUUAGCUGGUUUUUAAAGAAAAAGGCUUUACAUUACUGCAAAAAUUUGAAGAUUUUUUGAAAAAUGUAACAAAGGUUUCAGUUAGUAAAAGAAGUAUAGUUUCUUAGACAUAGAUCUACUUUGGCAGCUUAAGUAGGGAGGUACACAAUUCUUCUUCUCAACAAAACAUGUAAUGAUUUGAUGUAGAGAGUAAUUCCUCAAACUGUUCCCUUCACAGGGUUACAAAUCUAGCACCUUACUAUACAUCUUAAAUUAAACAUAUCAUUUGCUCAAGUUGUGUGUGUGUGUGUGUGUGCGCGCGCACACGUGUGUGAGAGAGAGAGAGAGAAAGAGAGAGAGAAAUUCUCUUCUCUCCCUAGCCCUACAUUUAAACAACCAUUGAAAUCAUUAAAAUUUGUAGCCAAAAUGAUCAAACCCGAGUGCCUGAAGUGAGGCACAUGAAUAUAGAUAGGGUGUAAAUAGAAAGUGAUUCAAUUUUUAGAGGUUCUACGCGUAUCUGAACUACCAGCAGAAUGUGGGGCAAUUUGAAGAACCAGUUCACUCAGUUUUGCACCCGACUUCAGGCCCCAAGUUUGGGCUGUGUUCAUUCACAGAUUUAUUCUUCUGUUGAGGAAGCUCUGGAAUGCAUGUGUGAGUUUUGCUCUGGAGGGAAGGGAUGUUUUGUAUCCAGAAAUCUGACAUGGUCAAGCAUAGGCUAUUACAAAAAUGUUCACUUGGAUCCCCAAACCCAUCCAAGGUUUAAUGAAGCUCUGAAUGUUGUUCUAGGUCUUGAAAACUCCCAAGCCCUGGCUGUGAUGAUUACAUGAUGUGUUCCCUGUCCCUCUCCUUCCAGAGCAGUCCCUACCUACCUCGUUGUCACCUUUCAAAAACCAUCAGCUAGAUCCCAUACUAAAUAUGAGAUCCUCUUUUUAUUGUUAUUUGUGAGGAAGGAGGGGGUUGGCGGGGUCAAUAACAUACUGAACAGGUGUUUCCUCCACAGCUCUCCACAGAGACACUGGCUCACCAUCCU